UGGCCGUGUUUUUCGAGGAUUAACAGUGUAAUCGGUGUAGCACAGGAAGUGGGAAAAACACCCAAAACCCUUGGAAGCAGUGCUCAUUUUCAGUCCAAUAUGUCCGAUACGGUUAUCGAUCUGGUUAACGAUUCCGAAACGGAGGAUGUGGUAAUGAUCGAGGAUCAGCCGGAAACCAGCGUACCGAAGGUGGAGCGGGAAUCGAUGGAUACCAAUGAGCCGGAAGUUGCGGAAGAUCAGGACUCUGAUGAUGUAGAAUUUGUGCCUGUGAAUAUCCAAAUGCUGGCGGAGGAAAAGAAGAAUUCCGGAAACGAUGAAUACAAAUCGAAACGGUAUGAAGUUGCCCUCCGGCUUUAUUCGGAAGCGAUACACCUCAGCCCAGAAACGGUCGCUUACUAUGGCAACCGAUCCGCCUGUUACAUGAUGCUCGGGGACUAUCGGUCGGCGCUGAACGAUGUAAAAACGGCUAUCAGCAUCGAUGAAAAGUACGAAAAGGGAUACAUCCGGAUGGCUAAAUGUUCUCUGAUGCUCGGCGACGUGAUCGGAACGGAGCAAGCAAUCCGUAAGUUCUUAACUCUGGACCCAUCGAACACGGCGCUAAGGGAAGAGAUUGCUAGCCUGAAACAGCUGCGCGAUUUGAACGAGAAAGCGGCAAACUGUUACGAUAGGAAGGACUAUCGCACCUGUCUGUAUCAUUGCGAUAAUGCGAUCAAGAUUGCGCCCGGAAGCUUACAGAACAAGCUGCUGAAAGCAGAAUGCUUGGCCAUGCUGGAACGCUUCGAAGAGGCCUGCAACAUAGCGAUCACGAUCAUGCAAUCGCACAGCACCAAUGCAGAUGCGAUUUACGUGCGUGGGUUGACGCUCUACUACAGUGACAAUCUGGAGAAAGGAUUGUUACAUUUCGAGCGUGCACUGAUGCUCGAUCCGGAUCACAAAAAGGCGAAAGCAAUGCGCCAGAAGGCGAAACAGCUGAAGGAAAAGAAAGAAUCGGGUAAUGAGCUGUUUAAGACUGGCAAGUACCGGGAAGCGCUCGCAACCUACACAGCAGCUCUAGAACUAGAUCCGCAGAACAAGGACAUCAACAGCAAGCUGUACUAUAACCGCGCCCUGGUAAACUCGAAGCUCGGCAAUCUGAGGGAAGCCAUAACCGAUUGCUCCAGCGCACUGACGCUGAACGAGAAGUAUAUGAAAGCGCUGCUGCAACGCGCAAAACUAUACUAUAACAUGGAGAAUUUCGAGGAAGCGGUAAAGGAUUAUGAAAAGGCAUUAAAACACGAUCGUACGCAGGAUGUGAAAAAUCUGCUAAGGGAUGCCAAGUUCCAGCUUAAGAAAUCGAAGCGCAAGGAUUAUUACAAGAUACUGGGCGUUACGAAGCAAGCGACGGAGGAUGAAAUUAAAAAGGCAUACCGUAAACGGGCCUUGGUACACCAUCCCGAUCGUCACGCAAACUCGACGGACGAGGAAAAGAAGGAACAGGAGCGCAAGUUUAAAGAGCUGGGCGAAGCGUACACGGUGCUGUCCGACCCGAUGAAGAAAUCCCGCUACGACACUGGUCAAGAUCUGGAAGAGAUGAACCAUAGCUCUGACAUUGAUCCCCAGCAGAUCUAUAGACAAUUCUUCUUCCCGGGUGCAGAUUACGGGUUCGGCGGCGGCGGUGGCAAUAGCUCAAACUUUUCGUUCCAUUUCGGUUAAAAUGAUGUUUUUGGGUUUUGGCACCUGGUAUAGUAGUGCAGCAACAGAUGUUAAAUGUGUAAGUGCGUAUAUUAUAACCGAAGCAAAACGUAACCCCGUACAUAAUACCGUCUGCCGAUCUGUUCCCUCACUCCAUUCUCCGUCCGUCAAGGAAUACGGAAUUUGCACAGGAAAACAAAAAAGAUUCAUUUGUAGGCGCUCUACGCAGCAUUUGUCAUUAACACUUCCUUGCCCAUUGAAAACUUUAGUAACACAUUAAAAAGAAAGUGAACGUCUGAUAGCUUGAUAACGAGAACUUUGCAAUCGAAACAUAUUUUUUCGUAUCUUAUAUAUGUCAGUUUUAUUCAACAGAGAGUUGUUUUUGUAACUCGCUUUUGAUACCGAAACACCUCACGCAUUGAACCGAUUGUAAUUGAUGGCGUUUUAUUUUCUUGUUCCUUACAUAAAACGCAGAACAAAAAUUGUUAUAAUUUUGAAGUGAUGUUUUGGUAGGUAGAAAAUAUAAUUAUUUGUAGUUCAAAAUUUUGUACAUUUCCUUGCGCCAUCUUUUUAUUGUGAAUUUGUCAUGAAUUAUGCAUUACAUAAUUUUCCUUUUGCAUUCCCUAUGCGGAAUUGGUUAACUUUGGGAGUGCCAUGAUUCUUGUUUGGAAUUUUGGCGUGGAAAAGUGAAAAAAUUGUGCUAGAGGAUUUUCAUCUUUGUGGUACUACAACUUUGAAGCUGGUGAUCUAUUAGGGCUGUCUUCCUUGCCUUUUUAUAGGUCCAUAGUGCUGGACAGUCAGUUCUACGGUACGAGCCGAAUACGUUUUGGUAUCACCGUGUGAGAACCGGACCACCAUUUUAAGAAUGAUAAAAAGCCACUAAAAAUCCUUCAUGUAAUUUGUCUAUUUAUAACGGAUUUGUUUUUGUACGUUUGAAAGCUUGGUUUUGUACAUAAUAGUUUAUGCUGGUACGACAAACAAUUAGAAUCUUAUUCAUCCGUCUCUCCUCUGCAUGUGACUUAGGCAGGACCGUAACGUAAACAUAUAUUGUAAUCCAAUUCUGAAAGCAACACUUGCAUACAGAUACUACAAUUUGCAGAAGAAAUUAAUCGAGUUAAAAUGGUGUACCGGGCAAUUGGGUGAUGUUAAGAAUAAAAAAGGACAAAAUGCACCUAUUGCAACCGUACAAAAAACUGGAUGUGUAUAC